GCAGUGCGUGACGCCACUCGAACGUCUCGCAAUGGUGAGAGGCUGAGCGUGCGCGCUCUCAGUACACGGAGAGAGGAAGAGCACGCGCUCCCAGCCAGUCUAAAUCUAUCACCCCAUUCAACACAGCAGCGGACAGAUUCAGGAAAACAGGUCAUGUCCGGACAGAGAAAAGGAGCUUCAGCACGUCUUCGAAAAUGUGCCUUCUGUAGAACCAACCGAGACAAGGAGUGUGGACAGUUACUGGUAUCAGAAAACCACAGGGUGGCAGCUCAUCACAAAUGCUUGCUUUUUUCCUCAGCAUUGGUGACAUCACACUCAGAAAACGAAAACAUUGGAGGCUUUUCGAUUGAAGAUGUAAAGAAGGAGAUAAAGAGAGGAAAUAAACUGAUGUGCUCUUCCUGUCACCGGCCCGGGGCAACGAUUGGGUGUGAUGUGAAGACGUGUCGGCGAACGUAUCACUAUUACUGCGCUCUUUGGGACAAGGCUCAGACCAAGGAAAAUCCCUCUCAAGGAAUCUACCUUGUAUAUUGUCGGAAACACAGAGACGCCUCACAAGACGGUAGUGAUGAGGAACAGACAGUUGCAGCCAAUGACUCAGAUUCGUCUCCCCCAAGGAGCAGAGGCAGGGGGCGUUUUGAGAAAAGCAGAAUCAGAGGUGUAUCGCGUGGACAAUCGGAUGAUACGCGGUCCACCUCAUCACAAGGCAAUGAUGACACAGAGAGCUCCUCGCAUAGGGAUCGAUCUCCUCUUAGAGGCAGCCCUAGUGAUUCAGGCCUUCGCUGUGGUUUCUGUCAUGCUGGUGAUGAAGAGAAUGAACUGCGGGGUGUGCUUCACUCUGACAGUGCUAAGAAGGUUGCUGCUCAUUACAAAUGCAUGCUUUUCUCUUCGGGAACCGUCCAGCUAACCACCACCUCACGUGCCGAAUUUGGGAACUUUGACAUUAAAACGGUUAUCCAAGAAAUAAAGCGAGGAAAAAGAAUGAAAUGCACUCUGUGUGCCCAGCUUGGAGCAACCAUCGGAUGUGAGAUAAAAGCUUGUGUGAAGACCUAUCAUUAUCACUGUGGCCUACAAGACAAGGCCAAAUACAUUGAGAAUAUGGCCAGAGGCAUUUACAAACUGUACUGUAAGAAUCACAGCGGGAAUGAGGAAAGGGAUGAGGAAGAUGAGGAGCGGGAGAAUCGCAGCAGAGAGAGAGCUGCUAUUGACAACAGAGCAGAUCCUCCGCUGCAGGUCAACGGCAGCUAGAUGGUGCAUGAAGACAGAAGACACAAUAACAUGGGGACAAAAGACAUAUUUUUGUAUAACGCUUAAUUAGAAUCUAGGGGGCAGCUCAGUCACAACUCUUGACAAUUUCUGUUUUACUCUCUUUGACAGUAUUUCAUGGACAUUGUGAAUGAUUGUAAGUUGAAUAUCAGAUGACAUUGAUAUGUUACUGCAGUGUAAGUCAUAACAUAGCUGGAUAGGUUUUAUUUAAACAUAUGAUAUAAUAACACUUACAAACACAUGACUGAAUUGAUGGAACAGUUUCGUCUAUUUGUGCUUGCACCCCUAGUUUUCUCUUUGGCAGACUAUUCUCUCACAGGACCCACAAAGAAGAGACUCUUUUUGACCUUAAUAUAUUGUGUCUCCUCGAAGACAUGAACUUUACAAAGCCUUUCAAAAGUAAUUCUCUUUCAUGGAACUGUCUUUACCUCUUUUUUCCCUCUUGCAACAUGUAUUAUAUUUUAUUACUGUAUUAUACUCAUAAUAUUGGAUAUGUGGUUUUCUUUAUAGUACGAGUCAGAAUUAAAGAAUAUUGGCUAGCAUGCACUUUUCUUUA